AUGUUUCCUUUACAACUAGCAACUCGUUUCCUGCAACAACAAACCUGUGAUGCAAGAGCCUUUUGUGGUCGCACUGGCUCAGAUUUUGCAAAUGUGUGCCCUCGGAUUCACCAUGAUAGUGAUGCUAUUGACUACAUAGUAUACAAAUUAGGAGCACUGAAAGAAAACUUGGAAUUUUUCAAGAUAUUCUUAUCCCACAGUGAGAAAGAUAUACUCUUUCAUGCUGAGGAAAUCGAUUCUGCUCCGAACCCAUUAGGCAGUAGCUGGGCUGUUCCUGUUGCACUCCACGACUGUCAAGUGAGGUUGUUGGUUGUUGGUUGCGCUGCGGACACUAGCUUAAACCAAGAUCCUUCUCACAUUUCUUCUUCACAAGCUCACACAGCAUCCACUUCUAGCUUCUCAUUGUGA